AUGGCCACAGCUGCCUCGAAUCCCUACAGCAUUCUCACUUCCAGCUCUCUAGUCCAUGCGGACUCUGCGGGCAUGCAGCAGGGGAGUCCUUUCCGAAACCCUCAGAAACUUCUCCAAAGUGAUUACUUGCAGGGAGUUCCUAGCAAUGGGCAUCCCCUCGGGCAUCAUUGGGUAACCAGUCUGAGCGAUGGAGGGCCAUGGUCCUCCACACUGGCCACCAGCCCCCUGGAACAGCAAGACGUGAAGCCUGCGCGUGAAGACCUACAGUUGGGCGCAAUCAUCCAUCAUCGCUCGCCGCAUGUUUCCCACCACUCUCCGCACACUAACCAUCCGAAUGCCUGGGGAGCGAGCCCAGCUCCGAAUCCGUCCAUCACGUCGAGCAGCCAACCCCUUAAUGUGUACUCGCAGCCUGGCUUCACGGUGAGCGGCAUGCUGGAGCACGGGGGGCUCACUCCACCGCCGGCCUCUGCCUCAGCUCAGAGCUUACAUCCAGUGCUCCGGGAAGCCCCAGACCACGGCGACCUAGGUUCGCAUCACUGCUUGGACCAUUCGGACGAGGAGACACCAACCUCGGAUGAGUUGGAACAGUUUGCCAAACAGUUCAAACAAAGAAGAAUCAAGUUGGGCUUCACGCAGGCUGACGUGGGGCUGGCGCUGGGCACAUUGUAUGGAAACGUGUUUUCGCAGACCACCAUCUGCAGAUUCGAGGCCUUACAACUGAGCUUCAAGAACAUGUGCAAGCUGAAGCCGCUGCUAAACAAGUGGCUGGAAGAGGCUGAUUCAUCCACAGGGAGCCCGACCAGCAUUGACAAGAUCGCGGCACAGGGUCGCAAACGGAAGAAGCGAACCUCUAUCGAGGUGAGUGUCAAGGGCGUACUGGAGACGCAUUUCCUCAAGUGUCCGAAGCCUGCGGCGCAGGAGAUUUCCUCGCUGGCAGACAGCCUCCAGUUGGAGAAAGAAGUGGUGCGUGUCUGGUUCUGUAAUCGAAGACAGAAAGAGAAAAGAAUGACUCCACCAGGGGAUCAGCAGCCACAUGAGGUUUAUUCGCACACGCACACGGUGAAAACAGACACAUCCUGCCAUGAUCUCUGA